AUGGCUAGCAAAGAAAUCUCAAGCAUCCACAUCAUGAUAUCCAAACUUACCCUUACGAGCCUCUCUGAUAUCAUGAAGAAUUACCACAUUGAUUUCGAAUUUCACCCGCGUUUUCCUGAGCCUAUGGAUGCCAUUGUUGAUGCUCUGGAAGGGGUUGCUGGUCCUUCUCCUGAUUUAUCCCUUGAAGAACAAAGAGUUAUUGAUCUUUUAUCAAAGAACUUUGUCAAAUGGACCGAUCUCGAAGAAUUAAUUCAACUUUCCUCUAAGUCUAUCGAUCUAGUGCUUUCCUUGGAACCGCCUGCAACAUGUACUCCUCAUGAGUGUCUGGUAAUUAUUGAUCCUGGAUUGAAACAUGCUGAAGAGAAUCUUCCUUCUCCUGAUGUUGAAGCUCCUGGUUCUGGGAUCCAUCUCCAUCAUACUUUAAAUCAAAAACUUUUUGGAGCUAGGUUUGGACUUUUUCAAGCAUUCAACAUUGAAUCUACAACUAUCACUGUGGACCCUAUUCAUAUUGGUUUGGGUGUUCCUGGUAGUUCGAACCUUACUCCUGUGGUAAAUUUCGACACUACUCCAUUGUUUGGGGGUGAUUCUCACCCAGAAUUAGUUGUUGAUGUUUCUCAAAGUACUUCAAAACAAAUUGUAUUACCUUCUUAUGAGAAAGAUGCUCAUAUGCCUACACUUGUCACACUCGAAACCUUAUUUCCCUAG